AUGUCAGACGCAGUUAGACGCCUGCAUAUCACGCCUCUAGACGCCGCAAUCCUGGAUACGGUGCUACAGCCUUCCAUCCGCCAUCUUGCCACCGACAUCUCGUUUCAUACGAUAGAGACCUAUCCAGAGAACAACUACGGCUUCGUCACUCUCCCCAAGGCAGAAGCAGAGAAGCUCACCAAGAAGCUCAACGGCGCAAUUCUCAAGGGCAAGAAGUUUCGGAUAGAACAGGCCAGGCCAGCGCCCGUCGCCCAGCCACCAGUCGAACCAGGCGCCAGCGCACACGCUACACCGUCAGAGGGCGGUGUAUCGCUCAAACGGAAGGCCAUUGACCAUAUAAUAGAAGGCUACGAGCUGCCGUCGCCGCGGAAAGUAAUGCGAGGAUGGACUGAGCCUCGUGCCUCGUCGGGUAGGUCGAAAAAGAAGGACGAGGAGUCGAAGAAGUCGAAGAAGCAGCCGUCGAAAUACUCGAAUGGCUCAGAGUGCUUGUUUCGCACUGUUCCUCCGGCAAACAAGCCUACCAAGACCAAGUCGAGCAAGAAGCGAGAGGGGACCGACUCCGUGACAGUCCAUGAGUUUAAAAAGACUGUGAAGCAUCCAAGCUUCGUCAAAGCGGGGGGGGAUGUUUCUCCAUCAAAGCUUACUAGUGAAUAUGUGGAAGGAAAAGGAUGGGUAGAUCGGGAGGGCAACGUCAAGGAGCAGGAACCAAAGAAGAGCGAGAAACCUCUGGUUCAACCGUCUGCGAAGGCCAAGCAGACGCCCAAGUUGGAUGGAGAAAAGAAGGACACAGCAGCCCCGCCGGCAGCUAGUGACGAGUCAGAGGUAGAAUCCUCGAGUAGCGAGGACUAUACCAGUUCAGAAGGGUCGGAUAGCUCGUCAGGCUCAGACUCUGAGCCUGACGACGAAUCCUCCAGCUCUGAAGCGUCAGAGAGUGAAAAGUCUAAGGCUAUAGAGCAGGAAACUCCGGCCCCAACCGUCGAAGAUACCCCCAAAGUUCACCCACUGGAAGCACUGUUCAAACGCCCAAAGCCUUCCGGAAUCUCAAUUCCAAACCCUCAGUUGACAAUCGACACCCAAUUCAGCUUUUUUGGAAACGCAGAUGACUCCGGCAGUGACGCCGAGGUUCAUGACAGAGUAUAUGCAGAGCCGCAGACACCCUUCACGGUACAAGACCUACAGUCUCGGUCCAUGCGAAGUUUGGCUCCUACGCCGGACACUGCACUUCCCACCAAGAUAACCUUCUGGGGAGAGGACUCUAAUGCGAAUGAAUUACGUGACGGUAACGAGUUGGAUGCCGCCUCUGGGGAUGGAGAGCUUCCUUCUUCUCCUACAAAGCCUGGUACCAAACGUGGGGGAAACGCUGCAGAGGAGAGCGAGUUUGCCCAGUGGUUCUGGGAGAACCGGGGGGAUAACAAUCGAGCCUGGAAACGAAGGAGAAGGGAAGCAGCCAUCCAAUAUCCCCUACCUUCGCCUUCAACUUGCCUUCGAUUCUUCAUCUAUAAGAUAACGCCUUACGUUCAGGCGUUGUUCCUCUUCCUUGCGUCGAUACUCUCACUCGUCUCUGCCGAAAUCGAGACAAUGAAGUAA